AUGCAAAGCGCAGGGUAUAUAAGCGAAGAGAGGACCCCGCCGACUCCCUCCUCCCUUCCACUCUAUCCUUCUUUUUUUCCCACAUCAAACAUCAACAUGGCAACCGAUCCGUAUCUCCAUCUGUUGGAAGUGCUUUCGACCUUUAACACCACUGAUAAAUAUCAACCAUUUGAAGUGAUCAAGACGACUUACAAAAGCGUCAAUGAAGGUCCUGACAUCAAUGCCGACAUCCUCAUCCCUCGGGCUAUACUGUCAAAGGAAGAACCCGCGAAAUGUGCAGUCAUGAUACGGAUCCACGGCGGAUUUUUGGUUACAGGUUCCAGUAGCUAUCCUGUUUGGUUCGCGAAUUGGACAUUGGAGUACGCCAUGUCAACAGGGGCAAUUAUCGUGGCCCCAGACUACCGUUUGCUGCCCGAAGUAUCCGGAAAAGAGAUAUUGGAAGACAUGCAUGAUUUUUGGCAUUGGGUGCACAGCCCACAAUUUGUUGAAGUAAUUAAUGCCGCUAGUGGCGGUUAUAUUCUUCCUGACCUUAACAGGGUCCUCGUGGUGGGGGAAAGCGCAGGGGGCUAUCUGGCUAUACAACUGGCACUGAGUUACCCAUCGGAAAUUUGUGCUGUAAUUGCAGCCUAUCCAGUUCUGGAUUUGGAAUCAAGGUUCUACACAGAGGCAUAUUCUAAACCUAUCCUUGGAGUGCCCAAUAUACCGAAUGAAAUUAUUGAAGAGCAUAUUUCAGCCUCAUCUGCUGUGGUUACUGCUGCAGAUCCGCCAGAUCGUCUCGAACUGGCAUUCUCGGUAUUCCAAAACGGUCGGUUGCUAGAGUUCCUCGGGUCAGAAGACUAUCUCUUCCCAAUGAACAGGGUUAAAACUCUCGCUUCCACCGGAACUCUGAAGCUGCCCCCAAGUUUCAUUUUCCAUGGAAAGCAGGACUCGGCCGUGCCGUUCGAGGGAUCUCAGAGGUUCUUCAAUUUAGUGCGAGAACAAGCACCCGAUGCAAUCAUUAAGUUUCACGGCCGAGAUGGUGAUCAUGGGUUUGACUUUGCGGCGACGUUGGAAACGGAUUGGUUGAAAGAGGGAUUGGAGGUCAUCUCAAAAGCUUGGCUCGGAAACAGCGCACUCUAA